CAGACACACGCCGGCGCAGCGCCCUUCUCCUCGUGCCCGGCUCCGGUCAGUCCCUCGCCUCAGCCGUUGCCUGAAGGCAGCCGCGCUCCGGCACGCCCCCAUUGCCGGAGUUGGCUCCAUCCCUGGGACUUGCGCUUUCGUCUCCCCCUGCGGGGCCCUUCCCGCUCCCGCCGCCUGAGAGCCCCGCGCCUGCGGGAGGGUGAGCCGGGCCCCCGCCUCGGCAGCUCGGCUCCUGAUGGCGGCGCAGCAGCAAACUAGGAUCCAAGCCUACCUGGAGAAGAACAGGAUCGGGCCCCUGUUCGAGGAACUAAUGACCAAGCUGAUAUCAGAGACUCCUGACCAGCCAAUCCCAUUUCUCAUUGACCAUCUUCAGUCCAAACAAGGGAACCAGAGUCAACUUCAGAGAACAUUGUCUGGAUCUGCUGCUCUCUGGGCAGAAAGUGAGACAUCAGAAAACAAAGGAACAAGAAGAGAUUGCAGAAGUUAUGAUAAACCCUGGCAGGUAAAUGCAAAGAAACCUAGAAAGUCAAAGAGUGACCUCGCUGUGUCCAACAUUUCUCCACCAUCACCGGAAUCCAAGUCGCUGCCAAGGUCAAUAGAGCAUCCUAAAUGGGACUGGCGGAGAAAACCGGAGAGCCAGGAUUUUGAUGAAUUAAAUCAUAUUCUUCAGGAGAGUAAGAAGCUGGGGAAAGCCCUUGAGAAUCUCUCUCACAGCAUUGCUAUUUCUGAUGAACUUGAGAAGGAUGCAACAGGUUUUAAUACUCCUCUUCUAAGACCUCGUGUGAUUGGAGAAUGGGUUGGUCGCGCGGAGAAUGAUGCUGAUCCAUUGGCUGCAGAGAUGUUGCAACCUCCAGUACCAAGAAGUAAAAAUGAACAAUGGGAUAGUGAAGAUAGCAGCAGCAGUCCUGGAGGAAGUUUAAAGAUGGAACCAAAGACGAAAGGAUUAAAACAGCAACAACAGCAACAUAAGAAGCUACUGGCUGCCAUGCUUUCCCAGGACUCUUUUGAUUCUGUUCAAAGCACAGCUCCCUCAGUGACAGAAGAAGAUAUUGACAAUGAGGAUGAUGCAAUGGAACUGCUAGGUAAUUGA